AUGAGGAUUGUGGCGUGGAACUGCCGGGGGUUGGGGAAUGGCCCGGCAGUUCGUGGUCUUCUGGAUGUCCAGAAGGAGGACCCCGAUGUCUUGUUUCUCUCCGAAACAAAGCAUGGUAAGAAAUGGAUGGAGGGCUUUAGGUGGAGGCUGAAGAUGACAAAUAUGGUAGUGAAGGAUAGUGAAGGGACGAGAGGCGAUUUGGCACUAUUUUGGAAAAAGGAGGUGAAUUUGAGGGUGUUGAGCUGGUCCAGAUAUCAUAUUGAUACUAUAAUUAAGGAGGGGGAUGAGAGUGCUUGGAAGGUUACUGGAAUAUAUGGAGAGUCCCGUUGUGAAGAGAAGGAGAAAACUUGGAGACUACUACGUAUCUUACAGCAUCACAGUAAGCUUCCAUGGCUGUGUUGUGGUGAUUUUAAUGAGAUCCUGUUUAAUUGUGAAAAGGAAGGAGGUCCCCCUAGAGCGGAGAGAAGUACGCUGAAAUUCAGAGAAGCGCUAGAGGAGUGUGAUUUGCAUGAUUUGGGAUUUGUUGGAGAUGUGUUCACAUGGAGGAAUCAUCACCAUUGGGCGGCCAGUUAUGUCAGGGAAAGGUUGGACAGGGCGGUGGCAAAUAGUGCAUGGCAGGCUCGCUUCCCUUUGGUCCGUGUUAUUAAUGGUGACCCUCGUCAUUCAGAUCAUAGACCCAUCAUUGUGGAACCAGGUGUGAAGGAAAAAUCUCACUGGAGGGAACCACUAGAGUUUAUGAAGAAAUUUGAGGCGAGGUGGUUGGAGGAGGAGGAGUGUAGUGAAAGGGUGAAGGAGGCAUGGGAAAAUGAUAUCAGUAGCCAAAUUGAGGAAGUUCUUGACUGUUUGCAACAAAAGAUUACUCGGGAUAUGAAUGACAACUUGACAGCACCUUUCUCAAGUGAUGAAGUUUGGGCAGCGCUAAAGGAUAUGGGUGAACUCAAAGCGCCAGGGGCUGAUGGCAUGCCAGUGGUUUUCUAUAAGAAAUUCUGGUCACUAGUGGGAGAAAAGGUUAAGGAGGAAGUGCUUGCUGUGCUAAACGGGGCUGUCAUGCCGGAAGGAUGGAAUGAUACUGUCAUUGUUCUAGUUCCAAAAACCAAGUCACCAGAGAAAUUGAAGGACUUAAGGCCAAUUAGCCUGUGCAAUGUAGUGUACAAACUCAUCUCAAAAGUCUUAGCAAACAGGUUAAAAGUGGUGUUGCCGGAGAUCAUCUCGCCAUCUCAAAGUGCGUUUGUACCAGGGAGACUAAUUACUGAUAAUGUCUUACUAGCUUAUGAGCUCACACACUAUCUAAAUCAAAGGAGGUGGGGCAAAAAUGGAGUGGCUGCUAUCAAAUUGGAUAUGAGCAAAGCUUAUGACCGGGUCGAAUGGUGCUUCCUAGAGAAAAUGAUGCUGAAAUUGGGAUUUGCAGUGCAGUGGGUGGAAAGGGUGAUGAAGUGUGUUUCGACAGUGAGCUAUCACAUUAAAGUCAAUGGGGAUCACUCCAACAAAAUCUAUCCACAGAGAGGGUUGCGCCAAGGGAAUCCCUUGUCUCCUUAUCUUUUCAUCUUGUGUGCAGAGGGUCUUUCAGCAUUGCUGCAGAAAGCAGAGGAGCAGGGCCGAAUUGAGGGGAUAAGAGUGUGCAGGGAAGCCCCGAGAAUUAACCACCUUUUCUUUGCAGAUGAUUCACUGAUUUUGAUGCGAGCCAAUAAGGGGGAUGCACAAGAGUUAAAGAGGAUUUUACAAGUUUAUGAGACUAUCUCGGGACAGGUGAUCAAUAGAGAUAAAUCUGAUGUCUUGUUCAGUCCAAAUACUAGCUCUGAUGACAAGGAGGAGGUGAGACAAGCACUCAAUAUUGUCCUAGAAGCGAAGAAUGAGAAAUACCUGGGGUUGCCGGUCUCAAUUGGGAAAUCAAGGAAAAAAGCUUUUGAAUACAUAAAGAAAAAAGUUUGGUUCCGGAUUCAGGGGUGGCAGGAGAAAUUGUUGUCCAAGGCAGGAAAGGAAAUUUUAGUAAAAGCAGUGGCUCAAGCUAUUCCAACCUAUGCUAUGUCCUGUUUCGAGCUGACUAAAGGGCUUUGUGAUGAGCUGAGUUCCAUGAUUGGUAGAUGGUGGUGGAGCCAGAACAACGAGGAUAAUAAAAUUCAUUGGCUGGCAUGGGACAAGCUAACCCUCCCAAAAAACAAGGGAGGCCUGGGUUUCCGAGAUCUCUAUUUGUUUAACCAGGCCAUGCUAGCUAGACAAGCAUGGAGACUAUUGGUUUCCCUAGAUACUUUAUGUGGUCAGGUGCUAAAGGCCAAAUAUUUUCCCAAUGGUACUAUCUUGCAAUGUGAGGCACGUGAUGGGAUCUCUUACACAUGGAGAAGUAUCUUGAAAGGAGUGGACUUGAUUAAGGAGGGGGUCAUCUGGCGGAUAGGAAAUGGUGAAUCAGUGAAUAUUUGGACGGAUCCAUGGAUUCCACAUGGCAAAACGAGAAGACCGGCUACUUAUAGAGGGGCUGUUGUAUUGACAAGGGUAGUGGAUUUACUGGAUCCAGUUUCCGGGUCAUGGGAUGAGACCUUAGUGAAGGACACCUUUUCAGAGUUUGAUGCUGAAGCUAUUCUAAAAUUGAGAGUUAAUCUAGAUAUGGAGGACAGGCAUGCCUGGCAUUUUGAUAAAAAGGGGUUGUUCUCGGUAAAAUCAGCAUAUAAACUGGCCAUACAGAGAAGAGAAAAUGAGAUGGGCAGGAAUGCAGCAAGUUCUGAGUCAUUGCCAGUGGGAAACUCGGGGUUUAGGUGGGAUAAAAUAUGGGGGAUGAAGGUCCCAAACAAGGUGAAAAUGUUUAUUUGGCGCUUAGUGCAUAAUAGUUUGGCGGUGCAGCGAAAUUUGCUCCGCAGAGGCAUGAAGGUGGACACCCUCUGUCCCAUGUGUCAAAGGUUAGAAGAGGACCCCGGGCAUCUUUUUUUCAAAUGCAAAGGAGUGAAGGAGUGCUGGAGGAGGCUAAAUCUAGAGGAAUACCGGAUCAUUUUAGCUGCUUGUCACUCUGGAAAGGAUAUGAUGCAGACAAUCUGGUCUCUCCCAUCACAGAUUCAAUUGCAAAUUAUUGUCCUCUUGUGGAGAUGGUGGUCAGCAAGGAAUAAGGCAAAUGCGGGGGAUAAAAGACCCACAGGUCCUGAGGUAUGCUCGCUGGUGACUUUUUAUGUCUGUGAGUUUGAGAAAGGUCGCAAGUCAGACAAUAUAUUUCAGCAAGUCAAACAACAGAGAUGGGAGCCGCCUCCUGAAGAUGUGUAUAAGAUCAACACUGAUGGGGCUUUUAGAGCAGUUACAAAUCAAGGAGGUUGGGGUUUUGUUGUGAGAAACAGAGUGGGUGAUUUUCUAGAAGGUGGUUGUGGUAAUCUGCGUAGGGUGGCCUCCUCUUUUCAAGAUGAAGCUCUUGCUGUCUUACAUAGUGUGGUGAGAGUUUUGCAGCUGGGAAUAUCAAGAAUCAUCCUUGAGACUGAUGCAUCUGACUUAGUCAGGGGUCUGACUUCUACUGAUCUUGAUCAAAGUGUGGAUGGCAGCCUACUCAAGCAAAUCAGGGAUUUCAUUGAUUCAUCUUUUGAUCAGUGUGUCAUUCGGCAUUGUCCGAGAAAUUGCAACAAAGUGGCAGAUUGCCUUGCAAUGUAUGGGGCGAGUGAGGUUAGCUCUGGUUCAGUUGUGUUCAUGAGCCAAGUCCCCUCUUUUGUUGCCAACUUGGUCCUGGGUGAUCAGGUUGGAUUUGCUGUUUAA